UUCCCGCAGCAGCAGCAGCCGGACUUCUCCGGCAAAGCCUCCAGCCCACAGGCUGCAUGUGUCAGCCUGCAGUCAGCUUUCACCCGGCUUACAUUGGAGUCCAGGGGCAGCUCAGGUGUGAGGGACGUUAGGUUCCUUCCUCUCCGAUAGAAGGAUCGAGCCUUAGCGGAGGAAGGACUGUCACGGAUGCCCCAGCGUGUUGUCUAUCUGUGAACGGAACGGGACGGGACGGGGCGUUGGUGAAGCGAUGGCUGACCUCGCCGCUGUGAAUGAGGCAGUGAACCUGUCGAGCCGGCUGCCCGCCCUGCACAGUAACUCUUCCCUGGAGCUGCAGUCACAAAUGCCGCGGCUGGCGGUCGAUCCCUGGGACGUGAUGCUGUGUAUUUCGGGGACUGUGAUUGCCUGCGAGAAUGCACUGGUGGUGGCAAUACUGUUCUACACCCCGGCUUUACGAACGCCUAUGUUUUUGUUGAUCGGCAGCCUAGCGACAGCGGACCUUCUGGCUGGACUGGGGUUAAUCCUGAAUUUCUUUUUCCAUUACCUGAUCCACUCGGAAACAAUUAACCUCAUCACCGUGGGUUUUUUAGUCGGCUCUUUCUCCGCUUCGGUGAACAGUCUGUUAGCCAUAACGAUCGACCGCUACCUUUCGUUAUACAACGCAUUGACUUACUAUUCGGAAAGGACGGUAGCCUACACCCACAGCAUGCUGGCCGCGGCCUGGGGCGUUUCAUUUUGCCUCGGCCUGCUCCCUAUCCUGGGCUGGAACUGCCUCAAGGACGCAUCUACCUGCAGCAUCGUGAAGCCCCUGACCAGGAGCAACUUGACGCUGCUGUCAGUUUCCUUCUUUCUGAUCUUUCUCAUUAUGUUACACCUUUACAUUAAAAUAUGCAAAAUUGUGUGCCGCCAUGCCCAGCAGAUUGCCCUGCAGCAACACUUCUUCGCGAACUCUUACUACGUGACCACAAAGAAGAGUAUCUCCACUCUCGCCAUCAUUGUCGGCACCUUCGGGACCAGCUGGCUACCUUUUGCCAUUUACUGCUUGGUCGGGGAUCAUGCCUACCCGACUGUGUACACCUAUGCCACUCUCCUCCCUGCUACUUACAACUCCAUGAUCAACCCCAUCAUUUAUGCUUUCAAGAAUCAGGAGGUCCAGAAAGCUACCUGGGUUUUAUUUUGUGGGUGUUUCCAGUCCAAUUCCUCCUUCCAUUCAAGGUCACCGAGUGAUGUCUAGACGUCCACCGCUGCUGCCCCUCCAUACCAAUGCUAUAUAUAUAUGUUUAUGUAGCAUAUAUAGGAAAUAACUGGAAGAAAGGGCUGGGCCCAGGGACACUGUGGGAUAGUUUGAUUUCUCAGUUUAAGUACCUGAGGGUGGGCUGCCUCACCGCCGUAUUCAUACACACCACUGAAGAGGCUCACUGACAGUUCCAGAGCUCUCCCUUUGCCUGAUGUGUAAAAUGUUCACCUCUCCCAGUCGGGCGGCUCGUUUUCGUUUAAAUGAAAGACCCCCAAGACUCCGAAGGCCAUUCAGUUGACACUGAGAGGUUUUCUUUCAAACUCCCCCACCCCACCCCACCUCACCCCGUCUGCUGGUACCUAGCAGACCCCAUGUCUCCCAGAUGAUCCGAGCCCCAGUGCUCCGGGCCUGCUUCUGUUGGGUCCCUCAAUCCGGCUCUCAGAACAGAGCUUAGGGCCAAGCUGCUGACCCUGGUCGGUGAUUUUCAUUGCAAAUGAGUCAGGGUGGGUGCUGUUCAAGUUACAUCUGAACUGAAAUUGCCAGGCCAUUUGGGUGAGUUUCAGUUACUUGUCGUGGGGCGGGUUGGGGGAGGGGGUGUCUCAAACUUUCUAUUCCAGCUCCUGCGAGAAGCGAGAAAGGGGGUGUGGGGAGUCACAUGGAGCAGUACCAGCCCAGAGCGAACGCUGUUGCUUCCUAUAAUCGCCACACGUGUCACUGUUACAGUGGGCGGCCAGGCCUUAGAACGUCUAAAAGUAGCCCCUGGCCGCAUGGGCAUGUCU